UGCUGCGGCCGCGCGGGUUCCCGCCAAGCGUGGAGGCUUUGGCGCGCCCGGUAGCGCGGGUGCACGUGUCGGCGCGCCGGGACCGGGAUCGUUACCGGGACCGGGACCGGGACCGCCAUGGCCCAGCUCCGCCUCACCGACUUCUUCAGCCGCACGAAGGCGGCUACCGGAGCCCCGGUUAAGCGCGACGGCGGCCGCCGGCUCAAGGCCGGCCUUGCCGGUCCCCCGGUACACCGGGAGGUGAAGGAAGAGGAGGAGGAGGAUGGUGCCCCGGUGGGGCUCAGCGCCCACCCGCCGCCGCUGCCCGGCUCGCCGCGUACCCCGGCCCGCGGCGGCUCCCCGGUGGUGCGGCGGCUGGCGGGUAGGAAACGGAGCCGGCGGGAGAUGGAAACGGAACCGUCGGUCGGGGCCCGGCCCGGGGAGCCGAGCGGGAAGUCGGCGCGGAAGAGGCUGGAGCUGCACCGGGAUGCGGAACCGGGACAGCCGGCCGCGGCCGCCAGCCCCUCGCCUCCGGCCACUGCUCGUCCCCUGAUGCCACCCUCGCUGGACCUGGCAGCGGACCCCCCAGCCAGCACCACCCGCUCCCCGGGCCGGGGACAGGAUGGGGGGACACAGCCCGGCACAGCCCCCCCAGGGACAACCAGGCGCCUGCAGCAGGAGGACCUGGCCGGGCUGCGGUGCCGCCUGCGGAGGGUGAAGACGCUGGCCCAGCUGCCACCCAUCCCCGCCGGGGCCAGCGCCGACCUGCGGAGCCGUCUGGAGCGAGUGCGGCAACUGGAGCUGCGGAUCCGUGAGAAGAAAGCGGGAAGAGGAGCCACGCUGGGAGCGCAGCCAUCCAGGGACGCUGGGGUGGCAGCUCCUGCGGCAGAGGCCGGCGAGAAGGCCCCCGCGUACCAGCGGUUCCACACCCUCGCGCAGGACCAGCCCCCGGGGCUCACGCUGCCCUACAAGUUCAAGGUGCUGGCGGAGAUGUUCCGCAGCGUGGACACCAUCGCCGGGAUGCUCUUCAACCGUGCUGAGACCAUCACCUUUGCGAAGGUCAAGCAGGGGGUGCAGGACAUGAUGCGCAAGCAGUUUGAGGAGCGGCACGUGGGGCAGAUCAAGGCGGUAUACCCCACCUCGUACAGGCUGCGCCAGGAGAAGAACAUCCCCACCUUUGGCAACAGCGUCAAGAAGUCUGACUACCAGCUUACGCUGGAGCCAGUGCUGGGGGAAGAGGAGAAAGUGGAUGGCCGCCCGCACUUGUCGGCGUCGCGCUUGCUGGAGCGCAGGAAGGAGUUCAACCGCAACCUGGUGAACAUCGUCAAGCAGCACCACAAGGCAUUCCUGGCUGCCCUCAGCCCUCCCAUGGUGGUGCCAGAGGAGAAACUGACCCGCUGGCAUCCCCGCUUCAAAGUGGACGAGGUGCCGGACAUCAGCCCGGCGGAGCUGCCGCAGCCGCCCCAGGAGGACAGGCUUACCACGGCUCAGGAGGUGCUGAGCACGGCGCGGGGGAUGCUGACCCCCAAGAUGGAAAAAGCUCUUGCCAACCUGGCCUUGAGAACUGCUGAAGCCGGUGCGGGGGAACCGGUGGUUUCCAAAGCACCGUCCCCUGCCAGCACCUCCAGUGCUCUGAAAGGGGUGUCCCAGGCUCUGCUCGAGAGGAUCCGGGCGAAGGAGGCGCAGAAGCUGCAGGCGCUGAUGACACGGGACCCGCAGCAGGAGGAGCGGCUGGCCAUGCUGGGGCGGCUGCCGGCCAUGGCCCGCAUCUUGCGCAACGUCUUCGUGGCCGAGAAGAAGCAGGCGCUGACCAUGGAGGUGGCUUGUGCCCGCAUGGCUGACAGCUACGAUGCACAGAUGCCUCCCGGCGAGAUGGAGAAACACUUGCGCCUCUUCGCAGAGCUGCUGCCCGACUGGGUAGGGAUCCACGCCAUCAGGACGGAUACCUACAUCAAACUGGACAAAGGGAAGGACCUCGGCCUCGUCACGGAGAGGCUCACCAAGGCGGCAAAGGAGGCAGAAGUCCUCUGAGCCCCCCAAGGGUCGAGGCUUCCCCCAUGUAAUCUCCUCUAAAUGUAGCAAAUCCCGACCGCGCUCUGCGAUCUGGUGUGGGCUGAUGGGAGGCUCAUCCUCAGGGACGUCUGAGGAAGAGCAAAACACCUUAAUUUAACGAAUUCCUCUGCCAGGGUCCAUGAGGACCAUAGCUCCCUUAACCCUUGAGCUGAAGGCAGGCAGUCCUGUGUCCCAGGGUGAGGAUGCCAGCAGUGAAGAGGAGCUAGUAACCUCUUCUCGGCUUUGCUGCGUUCUCCUGGUUUGAUACAGGAGGUUUCUUCCAUUAACUGGGUCCUGGUGGGGUGGAGGCAGGACUGGGCAGGGUGAGAGGGUGACAGGCAGGAAGGACUGAGAGAAGUCGUCACAAAUUGAUGUUUUUGGAGCUCUGGGCCUUGUUCUGUUUUUAAGGGAGGGAAAUCGCAUCUCCAGUGCUCUCUGGAAACAACUACAGGACUUGUCAAAACAUAUUUGUAUUAAAUGUUUUAAAUAUAGCUGACUUGUGUUAACACA